AUUAUGUGCCCUGUGGGUGUUGGCCAAGGGUGACCAGGUGCCAGACAGUGGGGCGCCUGCGUCAUGAAUUUGUAGAUGUCCCAAUUUCCCUUUGUACAGUCAGGGCAUACGGAUGUCACGUCCCCACUACUCAUGGAGGUAUGAGUGAGGGGCUUUUCUGUAAAUGGAUUUACAAUUUCUCCCUGUAAUCCCGGCCUAGUAGCCAUUUCUGAAGUAAUGACUUUUAUCCUUUCAGUGAUUUCCCGGGGAGUACAGCACCGAGGUAAUCACUACCGCAGAAAGCAAAAGCAAAGGACCGAGUUGUGGUUUCAGCCACAGUCUUGGUUUCACUGGAGCUGUGUCAAGCAGCGAGAUUGUGACCAUGGCCUGCACCAAUAAAUGUUAUGAACUUAUAAAAAUAUCAUUGAUGUGUUAGCAUCAGCCAGGAUCUCAACUGGAUAAAAGAGCCAGCAUCCAGUGCUGAUGAGGUGGAAGAGCAGGAGUAGGAAGAGGACAGGUGCUCGCCUAGACUACCAGAUUUACUGGAAGUUGGAUAAGAAGCUAAUGUCCCUUCUGAAAAGCUUGCAGAGGCUGCUCCCUGGCCAAGGACGCUCUCAACAGCCCGUAUACCAACACCACUCUGCUGAUGUGUGUACAAGAGCACCUGUCACAGCCAGAUGAGGAGAAAGCAGACCCUGCUGCUCCGUCCCUGGUAGAGGCUGCCCCCUCUCCUCUCAUUCUGCACCUUCCUCCUCCGGCCUCCUCUCUAUCACCAGGCCCAUCAGCAACCUCCUCCGAUUUUGUGUGUUCACCCACACCCCUUACCAACUCUCAAACCCCGGAGCCCCUGCUUCCCCUGGGAAGACUUUCACCCCAGCCACUUGCACUUUCCCUUUCCCCACCAUGUCCCCCAGAUCCUGCCACAACCCCACAACCCUGGUGGGACACAAGAGAGAAGCCAGAACAGCAGCUCGGUCCUCAUAUCCCAAGAUCCUGGGGGUCCACUUUCAGCAGAAACGGAUCCAGCUUUUCUGGGGUUUGCCCUCUCUGCACAGUGAAUCCAUAACAGCUGCUGCCUGGGUCUCUCAGAACCCUCCCAUUCCACACCUUCCCACCUUCUUAUUCAACAGAACCUCACGUUUGCCCAGUUCACACGCAGGAUCAAAUGUCUCCACUGCUGUCCCUGGCCCAGGCCCCAUCCUGUUUGGAGCCCCAAUCCCCACCCCAACCCCAGCCCCCAGCUCUGGGUCAGGCCCAGACUCGGAACCACCUGCAAUCCUCUCCCCCUGUCCUGUUAGCACCUUCUCUGCCCCUCAGUAGGGGCUGUGGAGCAUCCUGUUCUAUAUCCCAUAACCCACAGUCACUCAUCUCAGAUGAAAUUCAACACCCAGGAAGGCCCUUGUCGAAGAAACACCUAGAACAUGGGCGGACUGUUCCCUCAGCAGUCCAAAGCCCUCAGGAGGGUUACUGUCCCUCCACUCCCAACCUUUGCCAAGGCAAGGGUGCCGCUGCCACUCUUCAUGAGAGUUUUUCAGUCAGCUCUGAGGACUGGGAAAAACUAGAGCAACACAUUCGAAAGUGGCACAUUCAGUACCAGCGGGACCUGCCCUGCAGGAUCCAGGAGUCUCAAGAAACUCACACAGCCUCAGUGUGACUUAGCUCAUUCACCUCAGGCAAAGGACAAACCUGGGCUCUCACAGUCAUCCAUGUCUAUAGGUGAAUGCAGCAAGGAUGUGCAGAAGAUGAGGUUCCAGCUAAUGAGGGACUCAGGCAAGAAUUUGGGGCAUAUUCUAUGCAAGGUACCCAAAGAUCUCUCCAGGGCCCUAGGAAGCUCCCCAGUGAAGGUUCUGGAGACAGUCUCUGAGGAGUCAGAGAGAAACCUGAUGUGGCCCAUAGACAAUGACACAAGAAAUGACUCAUUCGGAAGCAGAGAUAAGACACAUCUAGAAGCCAUGCUGAAACCACAUUUGGGUGUGAAGAUGUGGCAGAUCCAUGAGGGGCUGAUCUCUCUGAGAGUGCGCCGGUCCUGGCUCACUGUAAACGAUGUCUUUUCCACGUCUCACACCCCCAAGAAAACCAGAAAUCCAGCAUCCUCCAGGAGUCAGGAAACCUGUGUGACCACCAUCCAGAAGUUUUUCCCCAAUCCACCCACCCUGCAGGACCUGGAGAUGCACAGUACAAGGUGUAGGGUGAGGCACAGGUGGGGCCUCCCCAUCAAGCUCCUCAAGGUUGUGAACAUCUUUAAGUCUACAAAGGCUGCACCCUCACCCUUUCCACAGUUUGCCCAUCCCUCCUCCUCUGCCAGUGUGUCCUGGGCCAACUCAACAGUGGAGGAUGCUGCCAAGUUCCUGGGAAAACCACCUCAGGGAUAUCUGGGAGAGGAGGCAACAGUCAGGCAGUCUGUCCCCACACUGGGCAGUCUCCUUGUCUCCUCUAUUUUGUGUAAGGAGACCGAGAGGGCCCUGACAGGGAUCCCUCUUGGUGAUGGCUGGGGGUCCUCACAGGCCCCCCUCACUAGACAGGACAGUGUGGGGCCUUCACAGCAACUCACAUCCAACCUCAUGGGCAGAACCUGUGAGAGCAAGACCAUCCAAAGGGUUGGCAGAGACAGCCCAGAAUUUCCCUUGCUUCCUGGAAUAUGUGUCACCCAAGAGGCAGGAGAGCCAAGCCUUUGGGCAGACACUGGAUACAAGUUUCAGCACGGAGUGGAGGUCAAAUCAGUGAGCCAUUGUCAAGUCUGUGUCUCAGGUGCCCACCUUCCAGACUCUUCCACUGACACUCUCUGUGCUUCACACUGCUGUUUGCCAUGUCCCAGUGCCAUCACCACAGCAUGCCUCUAGGGGACAUGCUAGCUUCACAGCUGUUAGGUGACCUAAUGGCAGACAGAGGGAACAGCCUGGGCCAGCAGAAGCCCUGGAUCCUGAAACAUCAGCACUCACUGAAGAGCCAAAGCAAGACAUCUGUCCCUGCUGACAAGCAUGAGGUUGGUAGGAGCCCCAGCUCAAGAAAACCUGAAGACAGGUUGGGAGACUUGGGGACCUGUGAGCCCACCCAGGAUGGGGGGAAUAGAAGACACCUUAGAGAGUAAAUGCCUUCAGCUUCCACAAAAGAAACGAGUCCCCUCAGAAGGCUACUUCCAAAGAAGCAUGAAGAAAUUAACUACAGUGGGUUUUACCUAAGAAAGAAAUCAAAGGGCAGGAAGACACCCAGAAAAAUGGCAAGCCUGCACUCGCCAUGGCCCAGAGUCAGAGACCAGCCAAACACAGACCUCGCGUGGACCACAAGACUGAUGAGGCUGAGCAGCUCAAGACAGCAGUUGAGCAGAUGCUAGAAGCCAAAAUGAUGCUUCAGCAUGAAUUUUGUGCCUUGAAAUUCAAUCAGCACAGAGGAAAAAGGUCACACCUCAUCUCCCAGGUUUCCUGCUCCUCAGAGCACAGGAGAAAGCCAGGACAUGCAACCACCCUCGAGUGCCACAGCUGUCCUACCAGGAAGAGGCACCCCAUGGCCAAGAGUCCUUGAAAACUGGACAGCUCAACAGUGAGCAGCAGGGCCAGAGGCAUGCCCACCCCUCCUUCCCCAUCAAGGCUGUGUCCCCAAUCAGCCCCUCCCAGUGUGGCCCAACAGUGUCCAGGGCACCAGGCCAACAAUAUUACUGUCCAAGGCAUGGUCUUCUUCAGAGAGGUGUCUUGACUGGACAACAGGGAAAUUUCUCUCCAGGCUGUCUUAGUAGGAAAACACAUGUCCAAGAAAAAAAAAACCUAUAUAGAGGAAAAUGAUUUUUCUCAUGUUAUGCAUCCAAGAUAUUUACUGUAACCCAAAACACUGAUGUUUCCUCCUAAGAGAAAUGGCUUCUGUCUGCCCCGUGCUUGGUGUGGGGUCUGGUGUCUAGAAGGGAGCAGUGUGGUGGAGGUGACGGGGGUAUAAGCCCACCUUCAUCCUUAUUUCCUUCACUGAUCCUUGCUUCCAUCAUUAUAGGAACAAAAACUCUAAAACCAAGCCAGGAAAAACCAGUGACAAUCCAACCCCAGGAUCUGGUUCAACCCAUCUUUCCACUGCUCCCUGCUCCCCAACCUUAUGGCAGCGGUAGGACCAGGGACACAGAGACAUUUUAAGCUGAAAAUUCCCCCACAGGUUCCACAAAGGUCAGAGCCACAUAGCUCCACUGGUCCCAAAAUGGGGGGCAGUCUGCAUGUGAGGAUGCUGGGCCCUGAGUUCAGAAGUGGGAGAAAUCUUGCCCUUGACCUCCCGGUGGGGGACAGAUGAUGUCCACCCUUGGGAAGCCCCUCCUCUCCCUGGCAAAGGCUUGGACGGAGAGGGCCCUUCUGGGUUCAGCUGAGAUGGAAAGUUCAGAGUCCCCAUCCCAGGGCCUUGGCCCUCCUCACACUAGAGCAGCAGUGAGGACAAAAUCCAGCUACAGGGCCGUGGCUGGCAGUGGUCAGGGGGCCCUCCUCAUGGGUGAGCAAAUGGUCCUGCUCACGGCUCAUUUAUCCUGGUGCAUCUUGCGACUCCAGUUAGUGGUUCUGGGUGGAGGCACCAGGGCUGUGCCAGCACAGUAACUCAUGGACAGGCACUGGGAACAAGGAGAUGUGGAAUGAGAAUUGAAAAUGCUGGAGCCAGGCAGGAAGCAGAGUGGCACAAGGAUGGUGAAGGGAAUGGGGCGCUCCCAAGGUUCGGCUGUCAUCCACCAGCAGACAGGAGGCAACAUUAGGGGCCAAGUGGCUCACCCUGGCCCUGCCACAGGGCCCUGUCUGCUCCAGAUCCCAGACCCAGAGAAGCCGCUUUCAGUUCCCACGCAGAGGGCCAGAUUUGAGAGGGAGCAGAGCAUGUUAGCAAAGAUUGAUUUCUUAUCAAUACAUUGAUAAGAAUGUAACUUGUAUAUGCUCACCUCUUGCAGAAAGGAUGAAUGACAAUGGUGGAGAAGAUAGGACAAGGGAACCUGAGAUGUGACUCAAAGUCUGGUGACCUGUACAUGUGUAUGCAGCUCCAAGCCUGUCCCUAGAGGAGAGGAGGGACUCAGAAGGGUCCAGAGCCUGCUCAAGGGUCACACAGCAAGUCUUGCCUGGCUCCCAGCCCUUGCUUAGCCAGGAGCCCACAGUUGAAGAGGUGGUCACACAGGGUUUGUGCCACAAGGAGGCUGGAAGUGACCUGUCCCAAUCCCUGGGGGCUGGGCCAGUCCAGGAGGAGAGCCCUCAGUUUCUAGCAUAUGUUUCCUUUCUGGUGGGCCCUGGUCCUCAUGGAAAAGCAGAGCGGCUCAAGUGGCAGGGAGAGGAGCAGCUACUUUUCCAGAAAGCAUUUCCUGUGGUGUGUGGCACACCGGGCAGCCACAGGCACAGCCCGGGGGCCUCAAUCCUGGGGCACAGCAUCCUACACCAAGCGAAGAUUAUCCAGACAAGGGGAACAGGGACAGAGACGCUCCCCUGAAGAGUCCUGUUGGUCAGCACAGAGACCUCUCAGUCAGCACACAAAGACCCCCACUCCCCAGAGACCUCACAGAUUCUUUAGGUUCUCAAUCAUUGCAGAAACCUCACAGAGAACCCUCAGACUCCACAGACAUGUUGCAGAGCCCUCCCACAGACACCAUGCUUACACUUUCCACAGAGACCUAACUCAGCCCUUGGUAGAGACUCCCGCAGAGCUUGAGCAGAGACAUCACAUUGCUCAAUAGAGCUCAAAAGCAGGAACCUCUGUCAGAGACCUCAUGGGACAUAGCCUUCACACUGCCCCACGAGCCCACAUCUUCCACAGAGCUUGCACACGGACUUCUCACAGGGAUCUGUGCUGCCCCACAGGCCAUCACACAGAAACCCAGUACAGAGCUUUCACAAGGGGCUUCCCUCAGAGAGCUGACAGAGAGAUGUCUCCCCCACAGACACCACAACAGAGCCCAUACAGAGCUCUCCCACCCCACAGAGUCCUCCUGUGGAGACCUCACACAGAAGCUCCCAGGAGACCACAAAGCUCACAAGGAAACUCUGUAGUCCCCACAGAGACCUCACCUGGGGUUGUCUCCAGAAAUGGGGCACAGAGACCUUACACAGACACCUCGCAUAUCCUUUUUAGAACCCUGAGCAGCUACUCUUUGACAGGUCCUUCCCAGGGGAGGUGGAACCACUGAGCAAACUGGCAGCAUAGGUGGGAGCCCCAUGGGUUUUGCCCUUGAGAAUCUCAAGACACCCAGGCAUUGUCAGCAUCACACUACUGCAGACAGCUAAAUUAGAAAAUAUUAUGAGACAGUUGGUGAUAUAUGUGCACCCAUGUUCAUAG